GCGGUGCAGGAGUAUCCAAAAGUUAAAGACUCCUUCCAGUAAAGUCGUUUUUAAUGUUUGGUCUAUAGAUAUUAUGGGUUUCCAGCUAAGCAUUUGAGCAUUCACACCGUGACCGAUGCACCCUGAGGGGACAUGGUUUUAGAGGUGAUGGACAACAAUGGAUCUAUCUGUUUGUCCCGGAACGAGAGCGACCUCGGACUGAGCGCUUCCUCCGCCGGAGUGUCGACUGCGCUGGCCAGCGUGCUGAUCUUCACCAUAGUGGUGGACAUACUGGGCAAUGUCCUCGUCAUUCUCUCUGUAUACAGGAACAAAAAGCUCAGGAAUGCAGGUAACAUCUUCGUUGUGAGCUUGUCCGUGGCAGACCUGGUGGUGGCAUUGUACCCGUACCCUCUGGUCCUGACAGCCAUCUUCCACGAUGACUGGACCAUGGGCGACCUGCACUGCCAGGCCAGCGGCUUCAUCAUGGGCCUCAGCGUCAUCGGCUCCAUCUUCAACAUCACGGCCAUCGCCAUCAACCGGUACUGCUACAUCUGCCACAGCCUGCACUACGACCGCCUGUACAGUCUGAGGAACACCUGCUGCUACCUGGGCCUCACCUGGCUGCUCACCGCACUCGCCACCGUGCCAAACUUCUUUGUUGGCUCGCUGCAGUACGACCCCCGUAUCUACUCCUGCACCUUCGCCCAGACAGUUAGCUCAUACUACACCAUCUCUGUGGUCGUUAUUCACUUUCUGAUCCCGCUGCUGGUUGUGUCCUACUGCUACAUGAGGAUAUGGGUGCUGGUAAUUCAAGUGAAACAUCGAGUUAAACCGGAGCAAAGGGCCAAACUGCAGCCUAGUGAUGUGAGGAACUUCCUGACUAUGUUUAUGGUGUUUGUGUUGUUUGCCUUCUGCUGGGCUCCACUGAACCUCAUUGGCCUGGCUGUAGCUAUAAAUCCUGUGAAAGUUGCGCCCAACAUACCCGAGUGGCUCUUUGUCACAAGCUACUUCAUGGCGUACUUCAACAGCUGCCUCAACGCGGUCAUAUAUGGACUGCUAAACCAGAACUUCCGUAAAGAAUACAAGACGAUCCUUCUUGCUAUUUGCAUCCCACGUUUGCUCCUCAUGGAGACGUCCAGGGGCGCCACCGACGGAAUGAAGAGUAAGCAUUCGCCAGCUGUAACGAACAACAAUGUGGCAGAAUUAAAUGUAUAAACGUAAUGUUUUCCCGGGAAACUUUGUUGAAGUUUCUGUGGAGCCUCAUUGUGGAUGUGUGACCUCACCCAGUGCCUUCUCACAAGAUGUGUUUCAUUUUGGAGAAAACACUACUGCCAUCGUAUUCCUACUGCCACUGUUCCAUAAUAAUCAAUUGUAUCACCGUUACGUUGCAUUCCUUUGUGACCCCUUUACUCUUUUAAAUACAGACCAACUGGUAAACAAGCACCAAGAAAACAGGAAACUAGUCAGUGUCCACCUAAAAACAUUUGGACCCUUUAGGGUAAUCUUUUAUUCAGUGAGUUUUACGAUAUUGACACUGUAUAUCUUAUGGACAGGGGCGGUUCUAGGGGGGGCCAGGGGGGGCAGUGUCGCCCUAACACUGACUUUGGACCCCCCUGUGGCCCCCCUAAAAAUGAAAAAAUAAAAAGGUUAUGAUUAAACGAUUUCUUGGCUGACGGAAUAGGCGGAAGUAACCAUUUGUGUCACUCUAGUCGGACCCAUUAGAGCAGGGGUCUCCAACACGUCGAUCACGAGCUACCGGUAUCUCGCAAGCCCUCAAUAGCCCCCACUUUACAAAUAUGUUGUUGUUUUUUUAACGCAAGCCGUCAUCGCCACGGAGGAGCGCACAGCCUCUGUGAGCGAGCGAGACAG